UAUAAAUACGCAAUAGCUUUGUGAGAACGAGAGAAAUUUGCGGAGAUCAUUUCCUCACAAUCUCGAAUCUUCCGACAGAGAAGGCGGAGACUGACUUGUGAAGUAUCUUGCGGCCGGUGUGUUUGUGUUUCCGUUUGAUAAAGCUCAGGUAAAAGGAAAAAAAGGGGCUUGCUUUGACAAGAAACGCUUCUCUUCCUCAUCUUGGAAUGCCUUUUGUGGGUUGGUUUGGGUAAUAAUGGCGGUGAAACCAACGGUUGCAUUGAGAGCUAUUCUGGUAGGGGGAGUGGCCAUUUUUGCAAAGGUCGCCGGUGCAAUGAAGGCUGCAGGUGGUGCAAAGCUUGGUGCAGCGGCAGCUGCCAUGACUGUGGCCGCCUCUGCCGCUGUGUCUGGUUCUAAGCAGGAUCCAAAGGACGAAGCUUCCGACAAAUCUCCUGCAAAGUAAAGUAAAUUUCCCGGCUUACCCUAUUCUUCUCCUCAGUUUCCGAGUUCAAUAAAAAAGACUACAUCUAGAUUUCGGAGGAUCCAAAGGGCUGCUGAAAUUAGUUGUGUAGAUUUCAUAUCUGAUAAUGGAUUUGCCUCAAAAAGAGGCGAUUUUGCGGGAAAAUCUUGUUGAAAUGUCGAAGUUUGCAGCUUUUUGUAUCUGCCAUUGGUUGAUUGCAAAGUUUCAAACUUGAACCUUGAAUAGAUUUUCCAUGAAAUUCUCUUCAGUUAUAUGAACAUUUACUCUUUAUUAAUCUGUGUAAUUCAGUUUUAGA